GCUCCUCCGGCGUUAGUGGUUCGGCUUUGGGGGACUUGGCAAUUGCUGACUCACCGGGGGCUUGCUUUGGCGGCGUUUGCGUUCAGUUUUGCUUCCCUCCAGGCCGGAUCCGACCGUCUUCCACCGUGUACGACCCUCUCAGGAUUUCAGCCACAGUCCCCCUGGAGCUUUUCUUUGUUUUUGGUCGGGCUUGACGUCCCCACUGGUUUGCUGACAAAUGAUUUAUUCUUUUACGUGGGAUAUGGCCUGACAUAUUUAUAACCUUUUCCAAUUGCCCCUUGAUCUGAGCUUGGCUUGUUGGGCCAUUUCAGAGGGUGGUUAAGAGUCAACGAUAUUUACUGAGAGUCUGGAGUCACAUGUAGACCAGACUGGCUGGGUCUACGGUAUAACCGCUAUUGGCAACACUGCCAGGGAUCAUGGCAGCUGAUGACCAUGGUUUGGAUUGUAGGUGCUGUUCUCAUGGCUCUUCAGUGCCGAGCAGUGUACACCAAACAUUGGAGGAGAUGGAGUUUGACAGAGGCAUCUGGUCAGCAGCCUGUAGCGGCGACUUCAACACAGUGCGGAUGUUUCUGGAGAAGGGAACGGAUCCCAAUUUGCCUGACCUGUCAGGCUACACUGCAUUGCACUAUGCCAGUCGUCGUGGUGAUUACGAGAUCUGCGAGUACUUACUGAGGAAGGGAGCAAACAGCAACGCUCAGACCAAAGGAGGGGCGACCCCGCUCCACAGAGCAGCCUACUGUGGCCACCUCUCCGUCCUCCAGUUGUUACUGUCCUACGGAGCUAUCCCUGCAAUCACAGAUGAUGAUGGUGCGACACCUUUACACAAGGCUGCAGAGAGGGGUCACCAGGAGGUGUGCAAGGUUUUGCUGCAGCAAAAUCCAACCUUGAGGACGGUGCAGGACAGGCGGUGCAGAGCUCCCCAUGACCUGGUCACAGACCAGCCGGCAUUGAAGGAGUGCCUGCGACCGGAGACCUCCACGUGACACCUGCUUUCCAGGGCUCGCUGUGUUGGCGUAACUGUCCUGCUAGUGGGUCAUUUUCAACACUGGCCUUGGCUUCUUCAGUUACUACAGCAUGUGGCUGCACUGUCAAGUGACUCAAGUUGUGUCUGAUUAACGACGUCUGUGUGCAAUCCUCACACUGAACUUGCAGGCUGUCUGAUGGGUUGGCUGGAGGCCAGGAUCAUCUUGUUUCGUUGUUCGCUCAAUGCCACAACAAUGAAGGCCCAAACCAGGCACGAUUGCUGAAACACUGAUCCAUUAAGAUAUUAAAAUGUCUAAAUUAACAAA